AUUAAAUAUUGUCUCUGAUGAUAUUAUAUUAUUAUAUAUUAUAAGCUAUAAAUUGGAGAAUCUAGUAUCUAUAUCUAGUUUUUUGUUUUAAUCGUUCAUUUGAAUAAUAACGAUUUUUGUAAAUACGGAGCAAUGAAAUUUUCGAGAAAUGUAACCAAUACCAUAUUUUUUUUUGCUCUUUUUGCUGUUACUUUUGUUGCAGGGGACUACGCAAAUUUAGAAGACGCAAAUGACCAUCUAGUUGUUCAAUUAGCUAGUCACGAAGGCAAAGUUAGGGGACAUACUCUUCAGAGUACCAAAGGGAAUACUUAUUAUGCUUUCCAGGACAUCCCUUACGCUGCACCACCAGUAGGCAAACUACGGUUUAAGGUACCUCAAGCACAUCCAGGAUGGACGGGAACUAUUAAUGCUACAAGCAAUACGAGAGUUUGUCAUCAACCAAUUCCCACUGAUUUACCUCAAAGUGAGGAUUGUUUAUUGAUUAACGUUUAUACGCCUGUGAAACCAGAUCCAGAUGCUAAAUUGGCAGUAUAUGCAUGGAUACAUGGCGGUGGGUAUGUUGUUUGGGACGGCACUAUUCAUCGAUAUGGGCCUGCCCAUCUGAUUGACUACAAUAUCAUUGUAGUAACAUUUAACUAUCGUCUUGGUGUCUUAGGCUUUUUGACCACAAAUGACGGCGUAAUACCUGGUAAUUUGGGACUUAGAGACCAAAAUUUGGCUUUACAAUGGGUAAACAAGAAUAUCCACAAAUUCGGAGGUGAUCCAGAUAAAGUUACUAUUGGAGGAGAGAGUGCAGGCUCAGGAUCUGUUAGCAGUCAAAUUCUAAGCAAAAUGAGUCGAGGUUUAUUUAGGGGAGCUAUUUUGGAGAGUGGUAGUGCUUUGAAUACCUUUUCAAAUGUUCCAAAUCCAGGCCAAUACGCAUUCAAACUAGCUCAAAGGUUGGAUAGUACUUUAGAUGAUAAGGAUACUACACGACUAUUAGAAGUUCUGCAGAAUGUUCCAGUAAAGGAUAUUGUUGAUUUGUCAGCUACAUUAGUUGAUGAUAAAGCUACGCAAACAGUCAGUAUAAUACCCGAUCUUAUUUGGGCCCCAUCAGUUGAAGAAGAAUAUAUUGAAGAGCCUUUCUUAACCAAACCUCAACAUCAAGCAUUUUUGGAUGGAGAUUUUAACCAUGCUACUUUAUUAGCUGGAUACACAUCACAAGAACUGUUGUGGUUUAUUCCGUCAUCUUCUGUCCGUACUCCAUGGAGCGUUGACACAUGGGAAGAGUUUGACGCAAAAUCUAAAUAUGCUGAUGGUGAUCCCAGCAGACUUGUACACCCUGAACUUAACGUGGCUGAAGCUGACAGAGCUACUGUAGGAGCAUUACUGAAACAGCUGUAUACAAAUACCACAUUUCUUGAAAACCGAACUACUUUAAUCGAGUUUAACAGCGAAUACUUUUUUACGAAUGGAGUUAUUCGUCAAGCAGAUUUGACCUCACAGUAUGCUCCCGCAUAUCUCUUCGAAUUUGCGUAUACACCCACUAACCAGAUUGGUGUUGAACACACUGAAGAGUUACAAUAUAUGUGGAAAGGUGACACCGACAAAUAUGUCAAUGAUUAUCAACCAAUUUAUAGGAAUGUUGUUUGCAAACUUUGGAGUAAUUUUGUUAAACAUCUAAAUCCAACACCAGAAAAGGACGAAGAUCUCGGAAAUGUGAUAUGGCCCAAAGUUAAAUCGAACAACAUAAAGUUUAUGAGUAUAGACAAAACCUUAGAAGUUAAAACACACCCAAAGAGAUAUAAAGAGACUAGAGAGAUAUUUGACGUAUAUUUGAGGCCACCAUUUUACUCGUAUUAAAUAGAUAAAAUUAAAAAUUUAAAUUUUAAAAUGUUGUACUAUGUCUUUCUUUGAUCAUUUUGGAUUUAGGUACAAAAUGUUCUUUUAAUAAUGACGCAAAUUAUAAAUAUAAGUGUAAGUAUAAGUAUAAGUAUAAUUUAGUGAUACAAUUAUACCUCAAAACGCUGAAAAUUAAUUGGGCGCUGUAUAUACUUAUUUUAAUAAAGAUUUUAUUACUUUAUAGUU